UAUCACAACCGCCAUAUGAACCCUCUCUACUGUUCUGUUUUUUCUGACACCCAGCCUCUCAAGUUCGGGCAAGGGACAAUUCUCCAUUUCUCCUCUCACAAUUCUUCAUAUGAGUUCAUCAAUUUCCUCCUAAACCUAACUUCCUCCUAACCCUAACCCUAGCCAGAAAACAAUGGAGGGAGAACGAAAGACACUCCGGUUCUACUGCAUCGGGACCGUUGAUACCAAGUACACGGAGCUACUCUUCCUCUCCGAUCGGGUCAAAUCCAAUCUCAUCGCCUUCACGAAAGGGUCUCCGUUCAAGGUAGAGGUUACCCUAAUUGAUGUUUCCAGUUCCACACGCAAAUUCAAAAUAAGACCUCCAGAGAAUGUAGAUUUUGUAACCAGAGAUAGUCUGCUUUACAGAUUUUCCAGUCCUGAAGGUAGACCAUCCUUGACUCUUCCAAAUGAUAGAGGUGAAGCAAUAGCUAUCGUAAGGAAGGCACUUGAAAGUUACCUGAAGACAGCCCAUGAGGAAGGCAUCCUUAUGGGCGCGAUAGGACUUGGUGGCAGCGGUGGAACUUCUUUGAUCGCACCAGCAUUGAGAUCUCUUCCUCUUGGAGUUCCUAAGCUCAUCGUGUCCACUGUUGCCAGUGGUCAAACCGAACCAUAUGUUGGAACAUCUGAUUUAACUUUAAUUCCAUCUAUUGUUGACAUCUGCGGGAUCAAUAAUGUUAGUAGAGUUAUAUUAUCAAAUGCUGCAGCAGCUGCUGCUGGAAUGGCUGUUGGAAGGUUGCUGGAAUCUGAUAUUUCCAGUGAAGAAAUUACUCAAAAACCAACAGUUGGCAUAACCAUGUUUGGUGUGACCACUCCUUGUGUUACUGCUGUUAAAGAAAGAUUGACUAAUGAAGGCUACGAGACACUUAUAUUUCAUGCCACUGGCAUCGGUGGUAAAGCUAUGGAAGAGCUUGUUAGAGAUGGCUUUAUUCAGGGUGUCCUGGAUAUCACAACAACAGAAGUUGCAGAUUAUAUAGUUGGUGGUGUCAUGGCUUGUGAUAGUUCGCGCUUUGACGCAAUAAUAGAGAAACAGGUUCCUCUUGUUCUUAGUGUUGGAGCUUUGGACAUGGUGAACUUUGGAGCUAGAUCCACAGUGCCUAAUGAAUUUGAUCAAAGAAAGAUUCAUAGCCAUAAUGAACAGGUUUCACUUGUGCGAACUACAGUAGAUGAAAACAGGAAAUUUGCCAAGUUUAUAGCUGAGAAAUUGAAUCAGUGCACCUCCAAAGUUUGUGUUUGCCUUCCAGAGAAAGGUGUCUCUGCUCUAGAUGCACUAGGGAAUCAUUUUUAUGACCCUGAAGCAACUUAUGCUCUUUUAAAUGAUUUAGAUAGACUUAUCGACAAAAACAAAAAUCGACAGGUGAAAAUACUUCCAUACCAUAUCAAUGACCCCAAAUUUGCAGAUGCCUUGGUUGACUCGUUCUUGGAGAUGGAUGUCAAGUUUUCCCCCAGCGCAGCUUCUCAACAAGGAGAGGUUUCAGAACUAACUCAUAAGAAAAAUAAAAAAAUGAAAGAAAAUAAGGAUGAAAGCAGUCUAGCAGAGGUUGAUCUAAACAACUUGACUCUUUUACAAAACCCGGUUGAGUUUCCUGAUGCAAGACCAGAAACUUUGAGGAAGACCCAUGCUAUAUUAGAACAACUGAAACAACAGAUAAAUCAAAGUGUGCCCAUUAUUGGCGCCGGAGCUGGAACGGGCAUAUCUGCAAAAUUUGAAGAAGCUGGAGGUGUGGAUCUGAUAGUGGUAUACAACUCCGGGCGAUUCCGCAUGGCCGGAAGAGGUUCUUUGGCAGGGCUAUUACCUUUCGCCGAUGCAAAUGCUGUUGUACUUGUACUCGACAUGGCUAAUGAAGUGUUGCCUGUUGUAAAGAGAGUACCAGUUCUCGCUGGGGUGUGUGCCACCGAUCCGUUUCGUCGAAUGGACAAUUUCCUAAAGCAGCUAGAAGCGACUGGAUUCGCUGGGGUUCAGAAUUUUCCAACCGUUGGACUAUUCGAUGGCAACUUCCGCCAAAAUCUGGAAGAGACAGGGAUGGGCUAUGGAUUGGAGACUGAGAUGAUCAACAAAGCUCAUAGAAUAGGCCUCUUAACAACUCCAUAUGCUUUCAAUGAAGAUGAAGCCUCUCGGAUGGCUAAGGCUGGUGCGAAUAUUAUUGUGGCACACAUGGGCCUUACCACUGCUGGAUCAAUUGGUGCACAGACUGCUCUUACAUUGGAGGAAAGUGUACACCGCGUUCAAGCUAUUGCAGAUGCUGCAGUUGCUGUAAAUCCUGAUAUUAUCACCCUUUGCCAUGGAGGCCCUAUAUCUGGUCCACGGGAAGCAGAAUAUAUACUAAAGAGCACGAAGGGAGUCCAUGGAUUUUAUGGGGCAUCUAGCAUGGAGAGACUGCCCGUAGAACAUGCCAUCACAGAGACGGUGAAAGAGUACAAAUCCAUCUCCAUAAAGAGGGACUGAUCCACAUUCACCUGAACCGGGCCAUUCCUUCUUCUCCUUUCACUGCCCGUUAAAAUUUACCCAUUUGUUGGUGAAGCUGGAAUUAUGCAAAUAAUGAUUUCCAACUAUUUUGUUUUAUCUUUAAUUCUAAAUGAAUUUUUGUA